CCGGCGUUGCUGCAGUGACGGGGAAGAUGGCGGCGCGGCGCAGUCAGCUUUCUCCCAGCGCCUCGGAUCCGGGGCCGUCGUCGGUCGCGACCGCGGCUCCAACCACCGACAGGCCCGACUCGCCGGGAUUCAUUGGUGGACACCUCACCCCCCCGGGCACGGGGACGACGGCGGGCGGCCCUGUGAGUGACUCGGGCCGAGAGCUGUUCGAGGCCUGCAGGAACGGCGAUGUUUUGCGGGUGAAGCGCCUGGUGGACUCGGGCAAUGUGAACGCCAAGGACAUGGCCGGCAGAAAAUCGACUCCGCUACACUUCGCUGCAGGAUUUGGAAGAAAGGAUGUUGUAGAACACCUCUUACAAAAUGGUGCAAAUGUUCAUGCACGUGAUGAUGGCGGACUGAUCCCACUCCAUAACGCCUGCUCAUUUGGUCAUGCAGAAGUCGUCAGUUUGCUGCUGUGUCAUGGAGCAGAUUCAAAUGCUCGAGACAAUUGGAAUUAUACUCCUUUGCACGAGGCAGCAAUCAAAGGAAAGAUUGAUGUCUGCAUUGUUCUUCUGCAACACGGAGCUGACCCCAACAUUAAGAAUACUGAUGGGAAAACUGCUCAAGACUUGUCUGAUCCUUCUGCAAAAGCAGUACUAACAGGUGAAUACAAGAAGGAUGAACUUCUAGAAGCAGCUAGGAGUGGUAAUGAAGAGAAGCUCAUGGCACUGCUUACUCCACUGAAUGUAAACUGUCAUGCCAGUGAUGGAAGAAAAACUGCAGAACCUCACCCCAUCAGUCUACGAUGUAGAAAUGGAAAUAUGUCUACUCCUCUGCAUCUGGCGGCUGGUUACAACCGUGUGCGAAUUGUUCAACUCCUCCUUCAGCAUGGAGCCGAUGUGCAUGCCAAGGACAAAGGUGGCCUUGUACCUCUUCAUAAUGCUUGUUCAUAUGGUCAUUAUGAAGUCACUGAAUUAUUGUUGAAGCAUGGAGCCUGUGUAAAUGCCAUGGAUCUCUGGCAAUUCACACCACUGCAUGAAGCUGCAUCAAAGAACAGAGUGGAAGUCUGUUCGCUACUAUUAAGCCAUGGUGCAGACCCCACCCUAGUUAAUUGCCAUGGCAAGAGUGCAAUGGAUAUGGCUCCCACUCCCGAAUUAAAAGAGCGGCUUGCAUAUGAAUUUAAAGGCCAUUCAUUACUGCAAGCUGCAAAGGAAGCAGAUUUGGCAAAAGUGAAAAAGAGUCUUGCUUUAGAGAUAAUAAAUUUCAAGCAUCCACAGACCCAUGAAACUCCACUGCAUUGUGCUGUGACUUCACAACACCCCAAACGCAAACAGGUAACCGAACUGCUUUUGAGGAAAGGAGCGAAUGUCAAUGAAAAAAAUAAAGAUUUUCUUACACCACUACACGUGGCUGCAGAGAGAGCACAUAAUGAUGUGGUGGAAGUCCUUCACAAGCAUGGAGCAAAGAUGAAUGCUUUGGACACACUUGGUCAAGCAGCUUUGCACAGAGCAGCACACGGUGGUCACUUACAGACAUGUCGUCUCCUGUUAAGUUAUGGCAGCGACCCUUCCAUUUUGUCCCUUCAAGGGUUUACAGCCGCACAAAUGGGGAAUGAGUCUGUGCAACAGAUACUUAACGAGAAUGUUCCAUUGCACAAUUCAGAUGUUGAUUAUCGACUCCUGGAGGCUGCAAAGGCCGGAGACCUGGAAACUGUAAAGCAAUUGUGCACAACCCAGAAUGUGAACUGCAGAGAUCUGGAAGGACGACACUCCACCCCACUACAUUUUGCUGCAGGUUACAAUCGGGUGGCUGUAGUAGAGUACCUGCUCCAUCAUGGCGCUGAUGUGCACGCCAAAGACAAAGGGGGUCUAGUCCCCUUGCAUAAUGCUUGCUCAUAUGGACAUUAUGAAGUAGCAGAACUGCUGGUGAGGCACGGUGCCUCAGUGAAUGUGGCUGAUCUAUGGAAGUUCACACCUUUACAUGAAGCAGCAGCCAAAGGCAAAUAUGAAAUUUGCAAACUUCUUUUAAAGCAUGGAGCCGAUCCGACAAAGAAGAACAGAGAUGGUAAUACACCUCUGGACCUUGUGAAAGAGGGUGAUACAGAUAUUCAAGAUUUACUACGAGGAGAUGCUGCUCUGCUUGAUGCUGCAAAGAAAGGAUGCCUAGCUCGGGUCCAGAAGUUAUGUAGCCCUGAGAACAUAAAUUGCAGAGAUACCCAAGGAAGGAACUCAACGCCACUACAUCUUGCAGCUGGCUAUAAUAACCUUGAGGUGGCUGAUUAUCUUUUGGAGCAUGGUGCAGAUGUUAACGCACAAGACAAAGGAGGUCUUAUUCCCCUUCACAAUGCAGCAUCGUAUGGGCAUGUCGAUAUUGCAGCACUUUUAAUCAAAUACAACACCUGUGUCAAUGCAACUGAUAAGUGGGCCUUCACUCCAUUACAUGAAGCAGCACAGAAAGGAAGAACACAGCUAUGUGCUCUGCUGUUAGCUCAUGGGGCAGACCCUACCAUGAAGAACCAGGAAGGCCAGACUACGUUAGAUUUGGCUACUGCUGAUGAUAUUAGAGCCUUGCUCAUUGAUGCUAUGCCACCAGAAGCUCUCCCCAGUUGUUAUAAACCUCAGGCAACUGUUGUUAGUGCAGCAGUGAUCUCUCCAGUGUCAACUCCUUCCUGCUUGUCAGCUGCUAGCAGUAUAGAUAACUUGAGUGGCCCACUUGCAGAAUUAGCUGCUGGUGGUGCCUCGGGUGCUGCUGAUGGAGCUACUGGCACUGAAAGGAAAGAAGGUGAAGUUGUUACUGUUCUGGAUAUGAACAUAAACCAAUUCCUUAAAAGUCUAGGCUUGGAACACCUGCGUGAGAUAUUUGAAAGGGAACAGAUCACAUUGGAUGUGCUGGCAGACAUGGGACACGAAGAGCUGAAAGAAAUUGGAAUUAAUGCCUAUGGGCACCGUCACAAAUUAAUAAAGGGUGUCGAACGAUUGCUUGGGGGACAGCAAGGUGCAAAUCCUUACCUGACUUUCCAUUGCGCCAGCCAGGGAACCAUUCUUAUUGAUCUUGCACCCGAUGACAAAGAAUACCAGUCUGUGGAGGAAGAGAUGCAAAGUACAAUCCGUGAACACAGAGAUGGUGGGACAGCAGGUGGAGUUUUUAAUAGGUAUCAUAUUAUUAAGAUUCAAAAAGUUGUGAACAAAAAACUUCGGGAACGGUUCAUUCACCGACAGAAGGAGGUAGCAGAAGAAAAUCAUAAUCAUCACAAUGAAAGGAUGCUCUUUCACGGUUCUCCAUUCAUCAAUGCUAUCAUUUAUAAAGGGUUUGAUGAAAGGCAUGCAUAUAUCGGUGGGAUGUUUGGUGCAGGCAUUUACUUUGCGGAGAAUUCUUCAAAAAGUAAUCAGUAUGUCUACGGCAUUGGAGGGGGUACUGGAUGUCCAACUCAUAAAGAUCGGUCAUGUUACAUAUGCCACAGACACAUGCUCUUCUGUAGAGUAACACUUGGGAAGUCAUUUCUACAGUUCAGUGCAAUGAAGAUGGCUCAUGCCCCACCAGGUCAUCAUUCUGUGAUUGGAAGACCUAGUGUCAAUGGGCUUGCUUAUGCAGAAUAUGUUAUCUACAGAGGAGAGCAGGCAUAUCCAGAAUACCUCAUCACAUACCAGAUCCUGAAGCCAGAAAGUGCAUCAAAGCAGAUAACAUCAAGUGAACAGAAGUCAUAGUACAAGUCAAACCUUGGCACCAAAGUGAACUUGUGAUGAAUGCCUUUCCAUCUGACUGUUACAGUAUUUAUUUGAGAGAAUUUUUAAAAUUAUACUGGUGUUUCAGUUUCUAAUUCUCCUCCUCUCCCUCGAAGGAACCUUAACUUUACAUUACUACCGAACUCCAUAAUUGAGUCCCAACCUUUCAAAAAUUGUUACUUAUUUUUGAGUUACAAAGUUUUUUCCCCCUCAUCUUAUUUGUCAAAUAAUUGGACCUUUGGAGUGCUGUUAAUUGGAAGCAUCGGAGAACUGCUUAAAAUGUACUUCUGCGUGGCUUCUUUGCUUGAUCGCAGUAGUUGUAAUCAUAGUCGAUUGAAGUUGUGUUAUCAGUUUUAUCACCGUUGUUACAUUUUAGCUGGCCAAUGUAUCUAACAAAUUUGUCACUGUAACAUCUGCCAAAAGAGCCACAGAGGUGGCCUGUUUCACAAGAAAAUUAAGUUGCUUCAUGAAAGCCAAUGAAUAAAAAUAUUCUGUAAAUCAGUGGUAAGGCAGCUUCAGCCAAAUCAGUGAAGCAAGAACUCUUGGCUCACUGCGUUGCAUAACACUGUUUACUUGCAUGUCAGUUAAAGUACAUAGUGGGAUUCUUGAGACAGGUAAUUUUCAUGGGUAAGACUUCCAAGUAGGCAUUUGCUUUACCAAGCUGUAAAAAUUGGAUGUUUUGGAUAAACAAUGAAGUUUUGCACUUUUAUAUAACCAGAAUUAAAAUUUUGACAUUCUAUAUGAUUUACAUGAAAAAUACACGUUUGACCAUAGCUAAAAACAAAUCUGGUUAAUGGCCGAUGUCCAUUAAAUAGGUAAGAUUUGUCACUCAGCAACAGGUGGCAACACUUGCUCAUGUCCAGUGUGGACAGAAUGAAAUCAGCUGACGACUAAUACUUUGUUGUUUUUUGCUUGAUUAUCCUCUUUGAAAUGAUGCUGGAGCAAAAAUUGGCUUGAUAUUUUCUACUUCAACCCAGUUGAGGAGUAUUAUCGAUUUUUAAAUUUAAAUGGAAAAAAUGUAGCUCACUUUAUAAAGCUUUGCUAAUCCUGAUAUCCUGUGAGCUUUGAUUGGGUAUUGAGAAUGGUUGUGAGUAGCUAUAUUAUAUUUUGUUCUGGCACCUUUAUUAAGAUAGCAAAGCCCACAACUACAAAAUCAGGAUUUCUCUGGAAUCCUGUCAUUAAACUGUAACGUUUUACAUAGAAUUCCAUCAUUUUUAAAAAGAUUAAUCUCAAAAUUGAGCCAUACUGAUGUCCAAAAACUGCACUGAUACACAUUCUAACCUGAGGCUAUAAAGUAAUCACUGAAGAAUAAUCUCACAGUUUCCCAGAAAAAAAAAUGGAAUUUAUUCAGUAGCUUUAAAGAAAACUAAAAGGUAAUUUAGAAUGUAAUAAUUUACUGAAAGUUAACACAAGUGAGUGUGCAGAUUAUCUCAUUAUGUAGCAGAUUCUAUGAUUUUAUAUGCUACUUGAGUCUGGCUGAUUGUUUACCCGUGAAUGUACAUUAUUAGAUUUAAUAUCCCACUGCACUAUGAGAAUCUUGGAUUUUGUUUGGAGAAGGAGGAAUAUCACAACUUGGGAAGGAAGGUAAAAGUACAGUUCAUAUUUAUUUUCCAUCCAUGACGGUUUCAUAUCUGUCAGAGUUGAUGUUCACAUGCACCUUGAACUGUGUGCUACUUGCAGUGUACAGCAAAAUUGACAUUUACUGUUAUUGGGGUAGUUGAAACUUGUUACCAUGUUUUUCUUGUGUUUUGCACUCUGCGUUUAGUGUAUUUUGCUUCUUGUUAUCUGGUCUCUGAUAUGCUGAUGCUAAUCGUAUCCUUGACUGGGUGUGUUCUGUUCAUUUAAAUAGUUUCAAUCACUUUGGAGUAGUGUCAUAUUGUAAAUGGCAUAUUUCAUUUUGUAAUGCUUUACCUUAAUAUUCAGAGUCAUGAAAUGUAAUUGAAUUAAUCACAACCUGUAGACAAUUCAUUGCAUUUGUAAAAUACAUCACAUUCCUCUGUUUGGUUUUGUUACUGGUGGACAAACGUGGCAUCUUCUGAACAACAGAAUCAUUGAUGGUCUGCAGCGCUGAAAUAUCAAAAUUAUUUAUAAAGAAGAAGAAUUAUUUUGACUAUCCAAAGGUGACUUAAUUGGGGGAGAGGGUAAUGUGACUUGAUGUAAAUGCAUUUGAAAAAUGUUAAAUUUAAGAAUUAUUCAUAAUUCAUAAUUAAUAUUUAAUGCAAACGUGUAUCUAACCUAUUCUUGAAUUACAUGAACUGUCAAAGGAUGGUGAUGAUAUGGUUAUAUUGUUCCUGAAAAUCAACUUCCUGGCAGCAUCAAUGAAUCAGUUUUAUUAGUUAGAUGUACACUGAGCUGGUGGAAUUGAUUGACCUUCAAUUUCUUAAAUAAUGACAUUGAGUGUAAAUAUAUACCACACACAAGGCCCUGAUGUUACACGGGAAUAAUUAUCUUAGGAAAAGUGACUUGGAGUUGCAACCUUAUUACAGCAAACUAUUGCAAAAAUAUAUAUUCUAUUCUGCAAACAUGAAGCUAUGUGAUUGAAGUCAAAUUUAUUUUAUGGCAAACUUCACAGCAGUGUUCUUGCCAUUUAACCUAGUUUUACGUGGAUUUGUUUUAUAAUUGGCAUUAAACUGGCUGUUACAUCUAACUAGCAAUACCUCUGCCCGUUGCAUUGAGCUUCCUGGCUGCCUUCAAUACUCAAUUUGUGAAUAUGGAUUGACACUUACAACUAAAGGUAAAUUGUAUCCUUCCAAAUCAUGCCCCGUGCAAAUAAAUACAGCUUUAUUUACAAAUGCCACAAUGUCAUUUUGUAUUUCAAUUUUUAUCCUGUUUUAUUUAUUGUCAAGUUAUCAGCACUCAUUCUUUUGCCGGCUUGUUAGAUGUGGCCCUUUUUUUCUGGAAGUGAGUCCGCAUGAGCCUUUUUAAAAAGACAUGGAAAAGCUUGCCUGUAGUGUGGUCAACAGCGCGUUGCAAACUUUAAUUUUUUGAGCCUGUCUAAAUUCCCAAAGUAUGAAUAAUUACCUUUUGGUGUGCUUUAUAGCAAAAUGACUGCAGUAUAGCUUUGAUGUGAUGACCUUGUUUGCACAAUUAUUUUACUCUUAUAUUUAACGAUUCAGAUUAAUGCUGCAUUUGUAUAUCCAUUAAUUUUAUAUUUUGCAUAGAUAAUCAAGUCUUAGAGCAAGUUCUCUUGUUUUGGCAUUUCUCUUUUGUCUUGACGUAACGAAAUUGCACAUGUACCAAUAUGUUUGCUUGCCUGCAAGUCAAUAGCAAUGAGUGGGCAACAGAUGCUGUAAUAUACAAAACAAUGGGCACAGAUCAUUACUCCUCAUAGUUUUACCAUGUACCAACUGGGAAAUAAUGACAACGGAAGAACAGUUGGAAACUAAGUCAUCUUUUGAAUGAAAAUUAAUUUCAUUAACAAGAGUUUUUUUCCAAUUUGGGUUUUUUUGGUAGUUUUUAACACUAACAAGAACGAUAGCCUCCCAUCAAAUGCAUCACGGUCUUCCUAGGUUGUAACCAAAUUAGGUGUUUGUAGCCUUUUAAUGUGUAUCUGAACAGUAUGUAAAAAUGUGACUGAUGAUUCCAUGCAAGGAUUGUGGGUGCUUUCUCGAUUUGAUUCGCUCCAAACAUAUCACACUGACAGACAACUAUAGACAGUUGCCUUAAUAAUUCAGCUCCCUUUGAUAAAUUGACAUAUGAGUCACUUAAAGUAUGCCAGGAUUCAAGCAAAAAAUAAUUGAUUCUUAAUCGUAAGAGAGUUGUCCACACUAACUACAUUCUGAAUGCAUUUUCCCUUAUUUCAGCUUCCCCUUUAGAUUAAUUUGUUUUUUCCUUUUAUUCCUUUCCUAGAUUACCAUUUACAGUAUAUGUUACAGAAUGUAUUAUGUAUUGUACUUGAUAAAUCAAGUGACCUUCUGUUUUGUAUUUUACUUUGUAAUUAUGGUAUUUUUAAUAUGCACAUUUUGUCAAUACAAGGUGCUAAUGUUUUUUUGCCGGCAAACACUUGAAAUGGGUGUUGAGUAAUUUAAUAUAGAUAUAGAUGCCAUUUACUUUUCCAGUGGCUUGAAAUUGUACGUAUAAAAAUGGAGACUGUACAUAUGUAUUUUAGUUUGUAAAUGUAUUGGUAGUAAUUUCAGUGAAAAUAAUGUUGGAAAUGUGAAUAUGUCUACACCAACAAGGAUGGGAAAGUUGUAAACUUGAUUGGUAUAAAUAGGUGUUUUUAUUGUAAUUGGAAUCUUGAUAUUUUUCCUUUUGUUUCAGUUUCUGAUUAAUUCCAUAAUUUGGAGUGUACAGCCCUGUGUAAGGUUCGACUUGUAAAGAUGUACUAAAUUGUGAUGUAUGUGGUACUGAAGUAACUUAAUAAACUGCAGUGAUGCCAAUUUGA